GAGGCCGCCGAGCAGUCCAAGACUCGAAUUCGGAUAGGACGUGCUUGUGAUCGAUGUAAACUCAAGAAGUCGAAGUGCGAUGGCAACAACCCAUGCUCUGGCUGUAAAGCUAGUGAUAGUGUGUGCGAAUAUAGUGCGCGUAGGAGACGAGAGGCGAGGGAUUGGUAUUGGGAGAUGCGUGACAUCGUCGACGAGGCCUUACAAAGUCUUUAUUGGGCUUGUAGAGAGGGAAGGGGUUUUCCAGGCGUGAUUCCCGAUGAGAGCAAUGGUCACGUUUCAACGGAUGCCAUCCUGCGUGGAUUGGGAUUCGUGCCUCCUGUGGUGGAACCUAGGACAGGAUCUGGUCAUGCAUCACAUUCAGCUCUUGAUGACGCAGGGGAGACCCCAGAAAGAUCAUACCAUCCGCCAGAUGUACUUCCUCAUCGCCGCUCUACCAAUUCAUCCAUCGUAGCACAGGUGCCACUUGCAGGUACACCCGAAAGCCCCAUACUUGAAGACCGAAACGGUCAACAGAAAGACCAACUUGACCACCGCGGGUUUCAACGGAACACUCCAGUCCAUGGCCCAGGAUCAAUCAGUCUCCAUCCGCAGCUCGGACUUGCCAUGGAGAGUGACAUCGACUCGGCCAUGUUCCAUGAUGGCGAUAUUGGGACAGCGAAUGUUGAUCGUGCGAGAUCGUCUACAUCAGGUAUCCCAAACUUCCGACUGCCCACCCAAAUGAAGGACAACCAGCAUUAUUUGUUAGGAGGACUCGACCCCAAAGUCCAAGAGUCUGGCAUCGGAGCGGAUCAUGGUCCACUGAACAAGCAGGAUGGCAGAUGGGAAGAUCAAUCGGAAACAAAGUCUGGCGAGAUGCUACCGUGGCCAGGGACGCUGGCGGCGGUAUCCCGCAAUGCUAGGCAGAAUAGCAGUGGU